CUGCAAAACUCACGGUGAGCCGCCGCCUGUUCCACCUCUCGUCGAAACCAAAAACACCUAGGUCUUCACCCUAAUCUCAUUGACGAUCCGAGCUUCCAAAGUCAAAAUCCCCGCGAGCCGAUAGUUUCUCUGGUUUUCGUAAACGUGAAUUCGAAUCAUUGCACUAAUACGCGGCCGUUUCGGUGUAAUUUUGGCAGGAAGGGGCGAAUUUGUGGCGCUAAUAAGAGGAGAGACCCAUCCCAUACGGUGCGGCUCUGGGGUUCGGGGAGGAGCGGCGAGGGAGGUGGGAAAUGAGGGAUGUGGUCGUGGUUGACGAAGAUUGCGUCCGCGUGCUUGGGCCCGGUCCGGAGGUGCGCGCGUACGAGGAAGGGUGAGGACGGCGCCAGCGAUAAUGGCCGCGGCGUCGCCGACGACCUGCUGUGGUCGCGGGACCUCGGGCGCCACGCGGCGGGUGAGUUCUCGUUUGCCGUCGUGCAGGCCAACGAGGCGUUGGAGGACCACAGCCAGGUGGAGACAGGCUCUGCCGCAACAUUUGUGGGCGUCUACGACGGCCAUGGCGGCGCUGAGGCGGCCCGCUUCAUAUCUGACCACAUCUUCGCACACCUCAUCCGACUUGCUCAGGAAAAUGGAACAAUAUCUGAGGAUGUUGUUCGGAGUGCGGUUUCUGCUACUGAGGAAGACUUCUUGACACUUGUGCGCAGAACACAUUUUAUAAAGCCUUUGAUUGCUGCGGUUGGAUCCUGCUGUCUAGUUGGUGUCAUAUGGAGAGGGACACUAUAUGUGGCUAAUCUAGGUGAUUCCAGGGCUGUAAUUGGCUGUCUAGGUAGAUCAAACAAGAUCAUGGCUGAACCACUCACAAGAGAUCAUAAUGCAAGUAUGGAGGAGGUCAGGCAGGAACUUAUAUCCCGUCAUCCAGAUGAUUCUCAAAUUGUCGUUCUCAAGCAUGGUGUUUGGCGCAUCAAGGGCAUAAUUCAGGUUUCAAGGACAAUUGGGGAUGCUUACUUGAAGAGGCGUGAAUUUGCUCUUGAUCCCUCUAUUACUCGUUUCCGCCUUUCGGAGCCUCUUCGUCGGCCUGUUCUUACAGCAGAGCCAUCUAUGUGUACAAGGGUGCUUAAUCCACAAGAUAAAUUUAUUAUUUUUGCAUCUGAUGGUCUUUGGGAGCAGUUGACAAAUCAACAGGCCGUUGAAAUUGUCCACAGCAAUCCACGAAGAGGAAUCGCAAAGAGGCUGAUAAGGGCAGCACUGAAACAAGCUGCGCGGAAGAGGGAAAUGAGGUAUAAUGACCUGAGGAAAGUUGAAAAGGGAGUUCGCCGCUUCUUCCACGACGACAUUACAGUAGUUGUUGUUUACAUAGAGCAUGGAUUACUGCAAGGGAGGGAUACUUCUGUGCCAGAACUUUCAGUCCGUGGUUUUGUUGAUUCAGUUGGCCCCUCAAGUUUCUCAGGGAUAACCGCCAUAUCAUGACUCCACUACUAAUUGAGCAGCACAAUUUUGAUGUACGGCAUUCAAGUAGCAUUUGACUAUCUGUGUGUUAUAUGCUUUACCCAGGCUUUGCUUUUAGUUCUACCUUCGUUGAGUACUUCAAUACGUCAUAUCACUUUUCAACGUCUGAUUUGCUUGAAAUAAGAGGCUCAUGCUGUUGUGCGAUGCUAAUAAUAUUGAUGACGUGGGAAA